AUCUCAUUGAGACAGUUGCACGUCGCAAGAGUCGCCUCUAACAAGUACCAUGCAGCAAGGAGAAGUCCCUGAGACAUCCUUCAUGGACUUCCUAUUUGGUGGUUUCGAGGAAUCAUCUAGCUACAAGGACCGACCGUGGAUUGUUGAUAUCCCAUCCGGAAGAUCAGUCACGUUUGGCCAAGUAAAGGAAGACGCUGUUAAAAUCGCGAGCGGUCUAGUCAGACUGGGCUUUCGGCCAGGAGAUGUUCUUUAUUUUGUAACUUACGAAGCUGCACGUUUGUUCCUGGUCAAGAUUGGAGUUUGGAUGCUGGGUGGAGCUGUUCGAGGCUGCAGCCAAAAUGAGCCUCCAGAUGACUAUGCAAGGCAAAUCAAAGAGAGCGCCGUUAAUUUUGUACUAGUUGACUCAGAAACCAUCCAAGUCAUCCAACCUGCUCUGGAUAUCUUGAAGUAUGAUGGCUGUAUCAUUAGUUUGGGUGAUGAGCCUAUUCCAGGGACAACUCAUAUUUCUAAACUGUUAGCAGAUGAUGGCUCUGCAUUGAAACAGCCAACUAAAAUUAAUCCUAAGGAGGAUCCUCUGGUGAUUUUAAACACAAGCGGUUCAACUGGAUAUCCAAAGGGAGUGGUUCAUACACACUACUCUAUUGCUGAGAAUAUGAAAUCAAUGAGAAAUGUUCCACUUGAGGACUCAGUACUUGAAUUUAUGAUCAACUACGGAGUGGGUUUUUUUACUCUCGCAAUGCAUUACCUGAAUACUGGCCGCACCAUCUACCAUAUCAACAAAUUUGAAAGGGGAACCUAUUUUGACUAUUUAACAACAUACAAGCCUCGAUCCAUUCUGUUCUAUCCUCAUGUUGCUAACUGGUUUGCAAGAUGCGAUGACCAGCUUGAAACUCUGCGUGAUGCAAACAUCAUAAAACUGAUGUUAGUAGGAGGUUGGGUGCUGGAUCCAACCACAGCAGAUUUGCUCUGCGAAAAGCUAUCCAACACUCAUUUGAUGCAGGUGUAUGGCAUGACCGAGAUUGGGAAUUGCACUAGAACGAAAAUAGGGCAAAUAAAGCCAUUAAAGCUGGAUAGAUGCACGAGCGAGGGACAGGUGGUUACUUCUUCUGGAAUGUUUCUACCCUCAUACGAAGGAAAAAUACUCGGUGUUGAUGACAAGAAGAGAGUUGGUCCACACGAACUUGGGGAGCUAUACGUGAGAUCGCCCUGUAUUGCGAAAGGUUACUUGAUGCCAGGCAAUAAGGUGCAAAAAUUAACUGACGAAGAAGGUUGGUUCCAAACUGGCGACCUCGGGAUCCAGGACGAAAAGGGCAACAUAUUUAUUAAAGAGAGGGCAAGGUUCAUGUACAAGCAUCGUGGGGAUUUCGUGUUGCCCUCAGAAAUCGAGGCUGUGCUUCUAGAGCACCCUGAUGUCCAAGAAGCUGGGGUAGUUGGAAUGCCUCAUCCUACCACUAAUAAUACCUCAAGGGCUUUUGUGGUAAUAAAAAAAGGCGGAAAGCGCAACGAGGAAGAGUUAUGCAAAUUCAUUUCGGACCGGUUGCAUUAUAGCAAGCAUCUUCACAGCGGGGUGCGAUUCGUUGAAAAACUGCCCGUGAAUAGAGGCGGCAAGUUGGACAGGAAAGCUCUUCGACAAUUUGCACUUGACAACAAUUAAAUGUCUCCAUCUUUAAAUUCGUGUUAGUUGCUAACAGAAAAAGAUGAGGAGAAAUAGUGUAGAGAUGAUACAAAUAAAUAGAGUAUUUUGAAAGUUU